GAAGUACCUGAGUGUGUGCAAAAGACACGUUGGCUGUGGUGUGAAGCAACGUAGCUUCAGAUUUUUUGAAUAAUGAUUCUGUUCAUUAUGAUAUAAUUUUUAAUAUUAUUGUAAUACGUUUAAAGAAAUAAUUUGUUGAAAUAUAUAUUAUUUCAUAAUCUAUGCAUUUUUAUUUAAGAUAUAAUUAUCUUAAACAAAAUGAGAAUUAUACAAUUAAAACGAAAUCGCCUUUUCAAUAUUAUUAUCUGCACAAUAUUUGUUCUUUACGUGUUAUAUAUUGUUGUAAACUAUUUUUCUGAAAAACCUAUCAAUAAUUUAAAAAUAUAUUGGUCUGAUGGUUUAAAAGAUAAACAGGUUCCAAUUCUAUCAAAAGAACUUGGUAACUUUGAACCAAAACGUAUAUCAAUGAGAAAUGGUCCUGGAGAAAAAGGUAAACCUCAUAUUCUUAGGGAUGAUCAACAGAAUGAUGUUCAACAAUCAGAAAUCGAUUAUGGUAUGAAUAUGGUAUGCUCUGAUGAAAUUUCAUUAGAUAGAUUAAUUCCUGAUACUAGAAUGCCUGAAUGUAAACAUUGGAAUUAUCCAGAAAUGUUACCUAGAACUAGUGUAAUUAUUGUAUUUCACAAUGAAGGCUGGUCUGUAUUAAUGAGAACUGUUCACAGUGUUAUAAAUCGUACUCCACCACAAUUUUUGGAAGAAAUUUUGCUUGUAGAUGAUUUUUCUGAUAAAGAUAAUUUAAAGGGAGAACUAGAGUCUUAUAUUGAACGAUGGGGAGAUAAAGUUAAAUUAAUAAGAAAUGAUAAAAGAGAAGGAUUAAUAAGAACAAGAUCACGUGGUGCACGUGAAGCUAAAGGCGAAGUUAUAGUAUUUUUGGAUGCACAUUGUGAAGUUAAUAUUAAUUGGUUACCACCUCUUUUAGCUCCCAUAGCUGCUGACAGAACUGUAAUGACAGUUCCCAUUAUUGAUGGUAUUGAUCACAAGACAUUUGAAUAUCGACCUGUAUAUCAAGAAGGACAUUUGUAUCGAGGUAUUUUUGAAUGGGGAAUGUUAUAUAAAGAAAAUGAACUUCCUGCACGAGAGAAAAAAAUUCGACCUUAUAACAGCAUGCCGUACAAGUCUCCUACUCACGCUGGUGGCUUAUUCGCGAUAAAUCGUGAAUAUUUUUUGUCAUUGGGUGGAUAUGAUGAUGGAUUACUUGUAUGGGGUGGAGAGAACUUUGAACUUUCAUUUAAAAUAUGGCAAUGUGGAGGAAGCAUUCUUUGGGUACCAUGUUCACAUGUUGGUCAUGUAUAUAGAGGUUUUAUGCCUUACACAUUUGGUAAAUUAGCAAAAAAAAAAGGACCACUAAUAACUAUAAACUACAAGAGAGUUGUUGAAACAUGGUUUGAUGACAAAUACAAAGAGUUCUUUUAUACAAGAGAACCAUUAGCGCAAUUACUUGAUCAUGGCGAUAUAUCAGAACAGUUAGAGUUUAAAAGACGAAAAAGAUGUAAAAGCUUUCAAUGGUAUAUGGAAAAUGUAGCUUAUGAUGUUUUUGAUAAGUUUCCAGAAUUACCACCUAAUAUUCACUGGGGAGAAUUACGAAAUGUAGCAACAGGAACAUGUUUGGAUACAAUGAGUCAUUCUCCUCCUAGUUUAAUGGCAACAACUGAUUGCCAUGGAUUUGGUAAUAAUCAGUUAAUUAGAUUAAAUGCAAAGGGUCAAUUAGGUGUUGGAGAACGUUGCAUAUCCGCAGAUAAUCAAGGAGUAAAAUUCGUAUUUUGUCGCUUAGGGACUGUAGAUGGUCCAUGGCAGUAUGAUGAAAAAACAAAAACGCUUUUACAUAGAGUGCACAAAAAGUGCAUGGCACUUCAUCCUCAAACUCAACAAUUAUCAUUAAUGCCAUGUGAUAUCAAUAAUACGUAUCAGCAGUGGUCCUUCCAUCAAGUUCAUCCACAAUGGUGAAGAAACGUAAGUACUGGUGCUACUUAUACUACAUAUGAAACGUUUUAUGCUGAAUCAGAGAUUUUUGGCAAAACUUUACCUAUGCAUUAAUUUUUUUUUAUAUGAUAAAUUGUAGUUAAAA